UCUUAUCUAACGCUCUUAUAGGUUAAGGUUAAUAUCAUAAAAUUAUAUUUGCGCGCGCGAUUCUUGCGUUAUAAAUAUUUUCUAUGUCACUUUAUUACAGUGAAUUGUGCGACAUUGCAAAGUAUGCUAGAAUAUAAAUGACGAGUGAGAAAGAAUUCUCUGCGUUUAAAGUAGUCAAAUCUCGCAAAUUUAUAUUAUUUGAUAAGCACGAAAUUAUACAUACAUUUAUUACGUAUCGGCAUUUUUGACAUAACCUGUACAAUUGUUUUCUUCCCUUGUUUCUCUACGUUUGUACGUUUUUGUCAUUCGACUCAUCAAAGAUGAGUUCUCAUGGAAAAGCAGAGACCGACAGGCUCAGAAAGAAUUUGGAAGAACAAUUGGAUCGGCUUGUACAACAAUUGGAAGAUUUGGAAGACUGCAGAGUUACUCUCGACGAAACAGACUAUCAGGAAGCUAAGGAAGAUACAAUGGAACAGCUCCGCGAGUUUAACGAGAGUCUACAAAGAAUGAUAUCUGGAGAUAUGACAUUAGUUAAUGAACUUGGAGCAAUGCAAUUAGCAACUCAAGCAGCUAUCAGUGCAGCCUUUCAAACACCAGCUGUAAUAAGAAUGUUUGGUAAGCGUGAGCCUACUGGACUUAAGGAACGUCUAUCCCAAAUCGAUCGUGACGUAAAACUAGGAAAAUUAAACAAAGAGGCCGCUGAUCGCCAACGUGGGGAAAUAUUAAGCGCUUUGAGGCAACUUGGAGAAAAGUUGGAACCAUCUGAAUUACAGUUGUUAGAGCGAUUAUCCUUAAAUAAUGUAGAUACCACCAGGUAUGUACAAGUUACUGAAACAGCGAAAGAGGGUAAAAUGGCUCUAGAUGUAGUCUGCAAGGAAGUCAGAGCUACGCAAGAUACUUGAACUAUAACAGAGCCAUGUGACUGUGAUUAAUUAUAAUGUAACUAUUAUUACAAUCGGCCAUAUUAUUUUUAAUUUGUCACUAUGAUUUUUUAAAGCUAUUGAGAAUAAUGCACAUAAUAUGGUCUUUUAUAUUAAAUUCUUUAUAUUGUUCUUCUUUGCUCCAAAUUGAUGUAAUUUGUACAAUUUUGAUAUUACUUGAUAUUGUCAAUACUCAAAACAAUAAUUUACAUUAUUGUGAAUUCUAUAUGCUAAAUACAUAUAUAUAUAUAUUUAUAGAAUCAAACAUUCCAAAUUAUUUAUGAAUUUAGUUUUAAUGCAACAGUAAUAUUAUGAUUGUUAUUAAAAUAGAGGCUCUCUAUACAUAUAUUAUCACAUAAAAUUUUUAUCAGAUAUAAAUAAUAUAUAUGUAUAUAUAAUUCAGAAAUUCUUAUGCAAUUUUGAAAAAGAUAUGUGUGUGUAUUAUUUUAUAUUGCUUAUAAGUAUUUACUGUAAUUAUUUAAUGCAACAUUUAUAAGAAAUUAGAUUUUAUAGUAUAAAGCAUUAGAUGCAACUUAUAUGUAAUGCAUCUCAUAUGUCGUAUAUUGUUCAGAAAAUUGUUCUGUUACAUGAAUUAUAAAAUAAAUAUAUUGAUGUUUUUUA